AUGGAAAGUUGGUCAGAGCAAGUCUGCAACUGGUUGCUGGAGACAAAUUUGGGAGACCUGGUUCCUAAAUUUCAUGGUAGACUGGAAGAUGGGAGCAGAGGUGCUCUCUUGGCAUUCAGUGAUAGGAUAGUCCAACAGCUGGUCAAGAAAAUUGGGCACCAGGCGGUGCUAAUGGAUCUGAUGAAGACAUGCAAAGAACAGACAGGGGGAGGCAUAGCAUUGACCCUUGGCAUUCAGCCAGCUGUAGAACAAGUCAACCCUUUCUCUGUUAAUGAAAACCAUGAGAAUGAAUCCAUUAACCAAAGAGUUCUUAAACAAAAAAAAAACAUGAAACAUGUUUUAGCCAGAUAGCAAGUACCGCAGUGAACCCAUUCGCAUAUUCUGCCCGUAUUUCCUUAUGAUGUCAAAUGUGUAUUAGCAGAGGGGAAGUACUCUGACCACAGUAUGGGAAUUUGGAUAAUUGAAUUCUUGCAAGCUGACAUGAUAAAGUACUUUGAUGGAUCACUGUAUCAUAUCAUUGAACAGUACAAUGCAGUGAUCUGUUUGCUGCAGGCAUACCCUUUCCUUGAUCAGGAUGAAAGUGGGUGCCCGACCAUUCAUCUAGACCUGUCUGCUCGCCCUCCAACUCUACAUCAGAGGCUGGCCGCCCGUCCCCAUCUGACUCUUGACUCUGAGCCUGAACCCCCCAUGGACUCUGAGCCCAAGCCCCCCAUGACAGAAACAAUGCUAUUUACAGAGUUUCAGUUUCUAAUGCACAAGGAUAUUUAUAAGAAAGCUCUUGAGGAUUUGGAAGUAUAUUCAGAGAACACAAUUAACAGCAAACUGGGUGAAGAACAAUCAAAUUGA